AAAAGGUAGGAGCCGGGCCGGGCGCCGGAGAGGGGGAGUGAGCGCAGCGCAGCGCGGGCCGGGCCGGGCCGGGGCAGCGCGCAGUUGAGAAGGAGACAGUGCCUCAUCAUGGCCUUGGCGGACAAUGCAAGCUGUGCCAAAACCAGUGAGGAGUUCCCUUUCCCAGAGAUCGUGGAGCUCAAUGUGGGUGGACAGGUGUACAUCACUCGCCACCCCACACUGGUCAGUGUGCCCGGGUCACUGCUUUGGGAAAUGUUCACCCAGAAGAACAUCCGUUCCUUGGCCCGGGACAGCAAGGGUCGGUUCUUCGUGGACCGAGAUGGUUUUCUCUUCCGCUACAUCCUGGAUUACAUGCGAGACCAGCAGCUGGUGCUGCCUGACCACUUCCCAGAGAGGAGUCGCCUGCAGCGGGAAGCUGAGUACUUCAAGCUGCCAGAGCUUGUCAAGAUGUUGGCCCCAAAACUCAGCAAGCAGAACUCCAUUGGGGAUGACCCAUGCCAAAGUGACCCGGAGGAGCUGUCGCCCAAUGCUGACACUACCCGCAAUCUGGCCUCUGCCAGUGCUGCCCUGACCAGUGCCGGAACUGGCACCCCUGGGGGCUCUGUCACUGCCAGUGGGGGUAGUGCAGGCCCGGAUAUCCGCAGAUCAGGCUUCAUCACCAUCGGCUAUCGGGGCUCCUACACCCUCGGCAGGGACAGCCAAACAGAUGCCAAGUUCCGCAGGGUGGCAAGGAUCAUGGUGUGUGGCAAGACCUCGCUAGCCAAGGAAGUCUUUGGGGACACCUUGAAUGAAAGCAGGGACCCUGACAGACCCCCAGAGAGGUACACCUCCAGGUACUACCUCAAAUUCACCUUCCUGGAGCAAGCCUUUGACAAACUGGCUGAUGCUGGCUUCCACAUGGUGGCAUGCAACUCUACAGGCACCUGCGCCUUUGCCCAUGACCAGACAGAUGACAAGAUCUGGACCUCUUACACCGAAUAUGUUUUCUACCGUGAGUGACACUUACCAAAAAACCAAACCAAAUGCAAACUCCCCCCACCCUUCCUGUGCCGGCUGUUUUCUUUAGAACAUAGACAUCCGACCCUUGAACCUCAAUAUUACUUUUUCCUUUUCCCUUUACAUUUUGUUUUUCCACGUUGAACCCUCUCCGACUCCCUCUUGUACCAGUUGCUGAACACCAACCUCCCCUCUUUCCAACUUCCAGCAGUAGCCAACUGUAGCUCCCAGCCCUCCUUGGAUUUGUGGACUUGGACAUUCUUAGAUUUGGGGGGGGGGAGGGAGGGGAACAAAUGUGUUCGUACUGGGGACAAACUGGUUGGGAUUUUUACAGCCGGAAAAGCAAAGAGACACUGAACUUCAGCCUGGUUAUAAUCAUAAUUGGAGCCAAUUCCUGGCCUCAUCGCUGUAUCUUAUCCUUUACAAAUCUAAAAAAUGUGCCAUAUACACUGUAGUUGAUUUGCUGGGGAAUGCAAACACGCAAGAGGGAUAUUGGUUUGAUGUUAAGGAGCAACGGGGGAGCAAAGGAAAAAGAGAGCCUCAGCAUAGAUAGGUCGCCAUUAGCCUGUGUAAGCAGCUUAGCAUUUUGACCGUCAGUGCUUGGAACGGUUAGAGAGAGAUGCACCCCAUGUUCACAUCUUUGGAUGCAAAACAUUGCUGCUGCCCUGAGAUGCCUUCUCAGUUCCUGGGCUGAGGUGCAGACACAUGCUUCUGCGUAUAUACCCCAAGUGGGAAAAGGGCCUUGUACACAAUGGGAUGUGUUAUAGAUCUUUAGGCCAGUUUAAUGUCUGUCAAAUUUUUACCUUCAUUUUCCCCUUACUUAAAGUAGGAAAAAGAUAAUUGGGCUUCAGAAGGACAGACUUUGAUUGCUACAGUGAGUAGCAUUUUGGUUUGACCAGAGAUAUGACUUUUAUUUAAAGAUUUAAAAUGAAAUCUUAAAAAAAAAAAAAAAAAAAAAAAAGUCUUUGCCACUUUGGUGGCAACCUCUCACUAGGUCUCUUUCUAAUUGCGGCGCUCUGCUGUCUGCAGGCCUGAGGCUGGCUUCUGCUUUACCAUGCCUGGGUAACAUGUAAUAAAGGAACAAAAGAGACCUGCCUCUGUGUUAAUGUGCUGAUGUGAAAAGAAGAAAAACUGGUGCCCCUCUUCAUAGUGAAAGGAUGUGGAACCGGUUCUUGUCCACAGUGCAAGUAGAUUAGGGUAAGAGAACCAGCCAGACACAAAGCAUUAUAGCAUGGACCUUUCCUUUGAAAGCAUUUUUACUUUCCUUUGAAGGCAAAUAUUGGUGAUACCUGCAAUUGUGGAAUGAAUUUCCCCUCCAGCCACUUGUCCUCCUGUCGUGUUCUGACCCUGUUUUCCUCCUCCAGUGCUUGCUUUCAGACCCUUCCUUCCCAGCUUUGCAGUUCCAGAUAGAAGCUAUUAGAUGAUUACUAGAAAUCAGUGUUCCUAAGAGCAAGAGAUACCAAGCUAGUUGGGGUCUGAUCCAUAGCUCAUGAAGGACAAAGGGAAGUCUUCACCUGAUUCACAAAUGGGCUGCAGGUCAGGGCCUUAUUGUGCCAGCAGCUGCCAUGCAAUCUUCCCUCUGAAUCCUGACCUGCAGGCCCAGGAUUUUGCAUAACUUUGCCAAAGCAUCUCUGUCCUGAUGUCCCAUUUCCCCACUCCUCAUUCCAGACCUGGUUUUUCACACGCAGUUCUGCAGAUGCCCCUCAGUUCUGAUCCACCAUUGCUACUGCCUGCUUUGCCAGAAUUUGCUAGGAGCCUGUGAUUGGAAGUCUCCCUCAUUCCUGACCCACAGUCUACCACUCUAUUCCUGUUCUAGUUGGCCAGCUAGCAGAGACUGUCCUAGAAGCAAUACACGUAGCUUAAAAAGAUUAAGAUCAUCGUAUCACUUGGCUCCAAACCAGAGUUUGGGUAGUUUGGGUACAACUGGGGGGAAACUGUACUGGUGGUUUCUUAAGAGCCUAGUGGCUUUAGUGUUCUCUUAAGACAUUAUGUGGAGGAAGAAUUCACUAAGUUUAUAACUGCUCACACCUUCCCUUCUUCAGUGAUUUUUCAAAAUGGGUAUGUUCUAUCAUUUGCCACAAGUCACUGUUUUUCCAUACUAGAAAACUUUCACCUAGUUUUAAAUUCCUUUAAGGGGAGGGGGAGGGUAGUAAAACCUUGAAAGGAUUUGCAUGUGGGAGGGAAGCAUGGUGCUGACGCACUCUGAAAAUCCUAUGGUAAUUUCCAUGUUUAUUUUCUUAAUAUUUAAACGUUCUCCUAGAACACUGGCAACUAGAGCUGAUUAGAAUAUGGAGCCGGUCCUCUGGGAAAUGCCAGCAUUUGAAGUCAGAGUUUGUCCUGAAUCGGGAUGAAGAAGCAGUCUCUUUGAACGCAGUAUUGCACUCUGCACAUAUAUUGAAAGGGCCAUAUCUAAAUGAAAUGUGCUAUUUUGAUAGUGAUACAUCACAGAGUAUAAUUUUUUUUUUUAUUAAAAUGAAAUGUCAAAGCAA